AUUGCUUAUUAUGGAGAAGGGUUGGAUGCAGGUCAAUGUGGAUUUACGAUCCAGAGAGUAGACGACAGAGAUAAUGGAAACGUCAAGUGUACACUUGGAAUCCCUAGCGAGCCCACGGAAUCUGUAGGGAUCAUGCAGCUUAUUGUUGCAAAAGCGCCAAAAACUCCCGAACUGGAUAUAAGCAGGGGAACUGAUUCAUUGAGAGUAUAUAAAGUCAACGACGUCCUAGAAGCAUCUUGUAUUGUUAGAGAUGGUCGACCUGUAGCAAAUAUCAGCUGGUUUUUAGAUGAUGAACCAAUAAACGAGAGUAUCUUGAAAAUGCCAACGGUGGUAGAAAUGGCUAAGGAAAAUUUACAGUCUAAGCUGCAGAACCUGACCAAAGUUCUUCAACCCACAGAUAAUGGUCGAUCCCUUAAAUGUGUUGCUUUUCAUCCGGCUUAUCCAGGCGGUCGUCAAGAAACCAAGAGACAAUUAGAUGUGAAAUUUGCCCCACUUCCGACCUACGAACCAAUUGAUAAAUUUGGUUACCAAAUUGGAAAAGUGGGACUCGUCAAUGUUACCAUCGAAGCGAAUCCAAAACCACAAAUUGAAUGGACUAUUGGGGGACAGAAAGUAAGGGAAGGAUCUACGGACAACACAGGAAGGAUUGAAGCAGAGGCAGUGAGGGAACUGGGAAGAGGUAGAUAUGAAGCCAACUUACGCCUAGCUGCUAUCAACAAGCAAGAUACCGAAAUCGAUUACAUUUUAACUGCGUAUAAUGAUAUGGGAUCACAGGAGUACAGGAUCAAAAUUUCCACCAGCCCCGAACCGGAAGGUCUAGAACUUGGAAUCGGAGUAAUAAUAGCAAUUGUAGUAGUGGUACUAUUUGUUAUCCUACUGGUGUCCAUUUUGAUAUUUGCUAAGAUUUCUGGCAGAUGGUGUUUCAGUGGGGGUGCCACUGUGAUCGACUACACUACCGGAGAGAAUGGACAACCGCCGCACUCUGACGGUGUUAGUGGCGAUGGAGUAGAUAACCCCCAUCAUCAGGUAUCUUCUGAAUACAUUAACGGUAACGAUUUGCCAAUCAAAAAGGACGAGAAAAUAGAUACUGCCGUGUAAUAACGUUCUAUUCAUGGCGUCAAGUGAUAUUUUUGAUUGUUCGAUGUACUAAUCAUGUUAAUCCAUAGACUUUCGACAUUCCAGGUUUCCAUGACAUAAAGUAUUUCCAUUUUCAAAUGAGUUAUUGAAAGAAUUGUCUCCAAACACGAUUUAUUUAAUUUUUUAGAAUGUGACUUGAUUUUUUUCAAAAGUUUUUAUUUUUUCUCUGUCGAAUUCACAAAUGUCCAUUAUAAAGAAAUACUCAUUCUUAUCAGCAAAAACAAACUGUUUUGAUAUGUUUUUAUAACGUAUUUUUAACCACCCACAACCUUCCAUUAGAAUAUGGAAUAUUAUAAAUUUUUUGUUUGAAGAAUUUUUUUUUUUUUUCAAACAAUACUUUAUUGCUGGAGAAUAGUUACAUUAAAUAGCAAAUGGUUAAAAUUCAACAUAACAUUAAGAUUUGACUUAUGGAAUUUGUUAAAGAUUGAUAUAAAAUACUUAAGAGACGGUCAUACCUAUAUAUUAACCUUUUUUAGUAUGAAGGAGAAUCUCAAGUUACUUAUUUUCAUGGACGAAUUCCUUUCAAUUUCUCAAGUAUGUCAAAAUAAAAAAAAAAAUCAAAAAGAAUGAAUCGUCACUUACAGAUAUUAUUUGAGAUACAUUUGACUAUACUCCAAUGUAUUAUACUGAGUGUGUCAUUCAAAACGGUGCAAUCAAUAUAAUAACGAGUUCUUAUAUUGAUCUCACUGUAGUGAAACCAAUGACUGCUAUUUAUAGAUUAGUAUUUUCAGAAAAUGUUGUCUAUUAGAAAAUAUAUGUAAAUAAUCAACACGAAUACUUUAAUGUGAAUUUCUAUAUAAUAUAUGUAAGUACUAAUUUUCUAGAAUCUGUAUUAUCCAGCUUGUUGAGUUUGAUAAUUUUUUGAAAGGAAAUAUUAUAUAGAUUGACGAAUAAGUAUGAAUGUUUUACAUUUUAUGAUAAUAAGAUAGUUGGCUGAGUUGCGAAAAAGAGACGGCGGUCCAAACAUAUUCUUUUUGAUUUGUAUCAUCUAUAUACAUAGUUUUCCUGAUUAUUUAAAAUCAAUAAUCAAAACAGACUUGUAUAUUAUUUAUAUUUUCCACCAUUUGCUUAAAGCAAAAUACUCGUUAGGUAUUUACUUAGUUGUUUAGAUAUUUUUUUCGCAUAAUUUAUAUUAUGUUUUAGGUUAUGAAUGAAAAAACUGCCAUAACAUAAAAAAAA